AUGAGCAACCGCGAGAUCACCGGGGCUUCGCGCCGCGCCGACGCGCUGCUCGCCGCCUUCCAGCGCUUCAUCGACGAUUUCCCCACCGCGCUCCCGGCCUCCGCCGCGUCCUCGGGCUCCCCCGCGGGACUGCGGACCGAAGCCGAGGCGCGGAGCUACCCGAUGCUGCUGAGCAAGUCGCUGUCGCAGCAGUACGCGUCGAUCUGCGCGGUGCGCGCGCCGUCGGUUCCGAUGAAGCGGGUUUACGAAGAAAUCCACGAAAUGAUCAACGCGAUCGACCUCGGAAUCGACCCCGUGCGCGCCAAGGAGCAGAUCCAGAGGAAGGUGAACGAUCUGAAGAACGGGCUGCGGAGGAAUAAGGAGGGCGUCGUGAAGCAUCUCAUGGACAUGAUCGACCAGGAUGACGUGAUUGUGACGUUUGGGGAGUCUUCGCGCAUUACGGAGGCGUUGGUGAACGUCGCGGCCAUGUGGAAGGGACGCAAAGCUCCAUUCCGCGUAAUCGUCAUCGGAAGCCGUCCGAAAAAGAGCAAUGAAAACAUGCUGCGAAGACUCGUCAGAGAGAGCGUUCCCUGCACGCUAGCUCCGCUUAAUGCCCUGCCCUAUGUCAUGGAGAGUGCCACGAAGGCGUUUAUCUCUGCUACAGCGAUGCUGAUCAAUGGAUCAGCGAUUGCCGAUAUUGGGACUGCCGUCGUGGCUUCGGCGUGCAAAACAUACAACAUUCCGCUGAUCGUCGUGGCCGAUACGAUGAAAUUCUCGCGCGAUGUGGAGCUGGACAGCAUUUCGAAGAAUGAGAUCAAUGAUCCGAAUUCGUUCCGACCUGCUUCGCUUGCCGCGAUUUCCUCGCAUUCGUCGAUGUACUCCGACGAGAAGUGGAUUUUGGAGGGAUUUGAGAAGAUCGAGAAUUUGCAACUUAUCAAUUUAUCGUAUGACUUGGUGCCUGCGAACCUGAUUUCGGCGAUUGUGAUGCAGACUUCUGUGAUUCCUGCUACGAGUGUGCCUUCCAUUUUGCGAGAGCGGGAUAUUGUUAAAUUGCAAUAA